AUGGCACUCAAAGUCACACCGCCUCAAGGAGGUUUCAACUUUGACUUGUACCAAAGGAAUGCAUUAUUGGAAAACAAGGGUCUGAAACCACCAAAAGCUACUAGCACUGGUACCACUAUCGUAGGAACCAUCUUCAAGGAUGGUGUCGUAUUAGGUGCUGAUACCAGAGCUACUGAAGGUCCUAUUGUCGCCGACAAAAACUGUGAAAAGAUUCACUACCUGGCUCCAAACAUGUAUUGUUGUGGAGCUGGUACUGCUGCAGACACUGAAUUCACAACCGCAUUGAUCUCCUCCAAACUGGAAUUACAUUCAUUGGCUACUGGACGACCUGCUAGAAUCGUCACUGCUAUGACUCUACUCAAACAAAUGCUCUUCAGGUACCAAGGAAAUAUUGGAGCUGCGCUAGUACUAGGUGGAGUCGAUGUCCAUGGACCUCAGAUCUUCUCAAUCCAUCCACACGGAUCCACAGACAAACUACCCUACGUCACUAUGGGCUCUGGUUCAUUGGCUGCCAUGUCUGUAUUCGAAUCGAGGUGGAAGAAGGAUAUGACCCGAGAAGAAGCUAUCGAGUUGGUCAAGGAUGCUAUAGAAGCUGGUAUCUUUAACGAUUUGGGAUCUGGUUCAAAUGUCGAUGUCACAGUCCUCACCAAGGGUGGUGCUGAAGUAUUGAGAAACUACCGGAAACCCAAUGAACGUGGUGUCAAGGAACAGAGCUACAAGUAUCCUCGUGGUACUACAGUCAUUCUCAAGCAAAUUGACAAGUACAUUGAAGUUGUGGACGGCAGCACAAUGGAUACCUCAAUGUAA